AUGCUGGAUCAAAGACCAAAUUCGGAGGAUGUCGAGAAGCAUACGAUUCUCUCGCCCGAUGCUUCGACGACAACUUCAACGAGUCGAGCCCAGCGCUUGCUCAAAUCCCUGGAACGCAUAGCCGGUCUCGAAUCAAGAGGUAUUCAACGAGUCCUCCCUUCUGACCGCCAUAGCAUGGAUAAACUCGGAUUCAUCCAAAUCGCCCUCGUCUGGACCAGCAUCAACUUCACAGCGGUAGUAAUAACCCUCGGUUUCCUCGGCCCAAUCGUCUACAAACUCCCCUUUCUCGACAGCUGUCUCCUAGCAGUCUUCGGAGCCAUGACGGGAAUCAUCCCCGUAGCUUACAUCGCAACUUUUGGCCCACGAUCCGGAAAUCGCACCAUGAUUCUCACACGCUAUGUGACGGGCUGGUGGCCGAGCAAAGUCAUCGUGGUCCUCACGCUGAUCAUCCUGAUGGGCUACUUGAUCUUGAAUGCAGUCGUUGGAGGUCAAAUUCUCAGCGCUGUGAGCGCAAAGGGGAGUUUGAGCGUCAUUGUGGGGAUUGUGAUUGUUUGCGUCAUUACCUGGAUCGUGACGAGUUUCGGGUACAGCAUCUUCCACUACUAUCAGCGAUACGCUUGGCUUCCUCAGCUGAUUGUGAUCUGUAUCCUCUGUGGCACUGCUGGGCCGAAUUUCGAUCUCACGGGAAAUCCUUCAGAGGGCGAACCGGCGAAUGUGAUAGCUGGGAAUCGCCUCAGUUUCUUCAGCUUGUGUCUGGCAGCUGAGAUCACAUAUGCGGAAUCCGCGGCGGAUCUAUUCGUGUACUAUCCUGCUAGUGCAUCCCGAGUCAAGGUCUUCCUCUCCACAUUCGCCGGCCUGAUGCUUUCAUCUACGUUUGCGCUGGUCGUUGGAAUUGGUCUCGGAUCCGGAACCGCCAGAAAUCCAUCCUGGGCGGAUGCAUAUGAAGUCUCAGCGGGAGCAUUACUAGUCGAAGCAUUCCGACCUCUCGGAACCUUUGGAUCUUUCUGCAGCGUCAUUGUCGCUUUGGGGAUGAUUUCAAACAUGGUCUUACCCACAUAUGCUUCCGGUUUGGACUUCCAAGCGCUCGGUAGGCUUUGGGAGAAAGUCCCUCGGAUCUUCUGGAAUACCGUUGCGAUUGUCAUUCCUAUGAUCUGUGCUAUCGCAGGCCGAGAACACCUCGCGGRGAUCUUCACCAAUUUUUUGUCGUUGAUGGGAUACUGGGUCAGCAUAUGGAUCGCCAUUGUUCUUGAAGAGCAUCUUUUAUUUCGGAAAUGGAUGGGUCGAGGUUGGGAUUGGGAGAUGUGGAAUGAUCGGACGAGAUUACCUGUUGGCAUUGCGGCUUCUGUUGCUUUUCUUGUGGGAUGGGCGGGUGCCAUCUUGUGUAUGGCGCAGGUCUGGUAUGUUGGGCCUCUGGCGGCUUUGGUGUCGGAGUAUGGUGGAGAUAUGGGCAACUACGUUGGCUUUUCCUGGGCGCUGCUUGUAUACCCUCCGCUGAGAUGGCUGGAGCUUCGAAAGUUUGGACGUUGA